AGGCCUGUUGGUCCACGGUCGCCCAAAUCAUUUUGGCCAAUCAGAACACUGAUCUUGAAUCAGGGGAGAGGAUAGGCUAUAGUGAAGAACAUGUCUGGUGCAGCAGCGAUGUUCGUGUUCUUAUUGCCGGGGAUUCCAAUGUCCAUCGUUUGAAGUCUGCAUGUCCUCCAAAUGCAAGGAUUGACUUUCUGCCCGUAUCUGGUGCAAAGUAUGUGUCUGACCGGAAGGGCUUUAGAAAGCUGCUGCAUCAAGAGCUGAUGUCAGGUUGUUACGACAUAUUGUACCUGCAUCUUGGCUCUAACGAUGUUUGCUGCAAGGAUAGCAAUUUCUACCGUUGUGUGACUGAGAUCCUUGAUGUUGUAUUCAGUGUGUGCACUGAAAUACACGUGGUGCUUUGCGUGAUUCUUCCACGUGAUUUUGAUGUGAGAAUGUUUCCCCGAUGGCCACUCUCAGGGGCACAGUUGAGGAACUACUGCCAGUGGAUAAGGAGCGCAAACAGCAUGCUGUGGGAACUGAGUCACCAUGUGCCUUCUGUGAGAUACAUGGACUAUGCAGCAACUAAACAGAAGUCCCUGUACUUGUCCCAUGAUGGACUACAUCUGAGUGCUGAAGGGGCUAGGAGGUGUUUAGCAUCCAUACAUGACGACCUGCCAAACCAGCUGUGUGUGGAGGCUGCUGUUCAAGAUCCUACAGAAUGGCCAGCUCUCUCAGCCACGGAAGUACCGGUUCAGGAGCAUGACAGCACCAUAGCACUCUUUUCGGAAAUUGUGCAGACUGGAGCUCAACCAGAGAUUCAAGACAAGGUGGAUGCAAGUGAAGUACCAGUUCCCAGGGACAUUAAGCCUCAGACACAUAAAAUAACGGUUGUCACAGCCAGAGCUAAGAGGUCUGCAACCAGAAAUGUCAAAAGAUAUGGAAAGAAGUCAACUUUGGUGGAUGAGGUUUUGCACUUAUGCCAUGCCUGUACAUGCAUGUGUAAAUUGUUUCAGUUGGCAAAGAAAUGCCACACAAGGUCGUGCUGCAGUGAAUUUGUUUACCUUGACAUUACUGAAGAUGUGGCUGUUUUCCUGCCUGCAUACAAGUUGAAUGGCUUAUGCUUGAAACGCAAGAAGAUGGAAGUCAAGACUGGUAAGGUUAAAAGGGAGAAACCUACCAUGACGAAAAAGAAGAACAAACAGGUCCCUUGCUACAAUUGCCCAAACUGCAGGGUGUGCUGUUCAUCUGAAGAUGCCCUGCUCGACCAUUUUAUAACGAAGCAUUCAUCAUGGAAAGUUGAUAGGCCUGACACACUUUUCAAUCAGGAAGAUGAAAUCAACGUGCCAUCCAACAUCCAUUGCCACCGAGACACUGAAGAGAUGCCCCAACAAGAUGACAACGCCGCAAAUGAAGAUAAAGUCAAUGUGCCAUCCCACUUCUUUUUCCAACGAGACACUGACGAGACGCCCCAACAAGAUGUAGACACUUCACAGCUUCUUCUUAUUCUUUCAAAUGACGUUGAACUUAACCCUGGACCGAUAUUCCAGACAAUACCGGUCCCUGUGGAAGCGGUUGGCUCAAGCGAGAAGAUGACGAUAAUUACAGUGAAAAUGGACUGACCAUACACGAAAGACAAAGGACAUUAAAUAUUUACACAAAUUUUGCACCUGUAAAACUAUGUAUUAUUAUGCAAUAAUUGUUUUGUGUUUAUAUCUCAACUGAGCAUAAAGUGCUCAGGGUGAGCUAUUGUGAAUGGUCUUGGUCCGUCAUGGGUCAACAUUUUUUACUUAAACAACAUCUAACCUCUGUGCCAAUCUUAAUGAAACAUGGCACGAGUUUUCUUUCAUGAACCUCUUUCAAAGUUGUUAAAUGAAAUGCAUUCCAUGCAUAAAUCUGGUUGCAAUGGCAACCAAAAGGAAAGCUUAUAUAUUUGGCAUAAAACAUCGUCUGGUUGACCUCCUUUGUGAAUUUCAAAAUAUGCUAUACCCAACUCACAGGCAAAUUUGUCCUUAUUUGCUCAUAGUGAACACUUCUUUUAAAUGGCCAGGAAGAGAGUUCAAGUUUAUAGACAAGAACAACAGUCAGAUAAGCGAUAUAGUGUCAUCAUGGCACCUUUAUAGCUGAAUCAUUUAUGAAAAAUUGUCAAUGAUAUGUUCUGUGACUUGUAUGAUUUGCAGUAUUCAUUUCGCUGUCUUCAUGCACCUUACAAAAGCCAUUUUAUUAUCAGUGUUCCUGAUUCUGUUGUAGCAUUUAUUCUUGAAAUUCGUUAUUUUUCAUAUUUUUCCUAAUUGUUAUGCUCCCGAAAUACAAUUUCGCCGGAGCAUAUAGUUUCCAGUUUGUCCUUCCUCACUAGUUUCCCAUAGCACCUUCAAUUCUUUACCGAUCUCUUUCAUAUUAGGCAUGUAGGUACCUUGCAUGGACCUUAACCUUUUGAUGAGGUCACUGGGGUCAAGGUCACCAAGGCUAAUAAUAGAUUUUUCCGUCACACUUUGUCACAGUUUCUCAUAGCACAUUCAAUACUUUAACGAUCUCUUUCAUAUUUGGCACGUAGGUACCUUGCAUGACCUCUUCCUUUUGAUGAGGUUUGAGGUCACUGGGGUCAAUGUCACCGAGGCUAAUAAUAGAAUUUUUUAAGGUGGUUAUUAACACAUAGAUUGACAUAGCGCAUCAUCGGGGAGCAUCCAUCAGUUUCACUGAUAUUCUUGUUGUAUGUUAUAUACGUGAUCAUAGAUACUGUAAAUUUUGUCUUAUGCGACAUGUUUAUAAUGUAGAAGAUGAGUACCCUGUGUUUAUGCAGUGCCCAUUAUAUAACACAGAUAUGAUUUGUUUAUUCCGCUGUGUUUGAAUGAAAUGGAAACUUUGGUUUGUUCAAUAUGUUAAUGGCCGAUGAAAAUGACAAGCACAUAUUUUUGAUUGCAAAAUGUGUGUAUGUGCAUGCUAAUAUAUAACAACUACGUAAUUAUCAUGCAAAUUAGCUGUCAUUUUAAUUCUGCAUGCUUGUAUUGCAUUGUUUAUUUAUAUCUGAUAAAAAAUACUGAUUCUUAGGUUACUUUAUAAGUAUGUUACUAUUUUGCAUGCUUACAUGUUAUAGGUAGUUAAUUAUAAAGUAAUCCUUGUUUGGGUGGUAUUAUAAUGUAUAGCAGCAUUUGUUCUACGAAAGUGCAUGCGUGUUGCAUCAUAUGACUUUGUUUUCUUUAACUAUUCAGGUUAUUUUAUAUAAUUAUGAAAUUAAACUAUGUAUUAUGGCCCUGUGGCCUGACUGCAAAUAAAUAUUCGUAUUUGUAUACAGUUUUUGUAAUGUGAUGUAUGGUGGUAUCAUGUUGUUUCACUUUUUGAUCAAUAUAACUAUUAUGCAUACAA